AUGUCAGUAUUUGGGGGGAUACCUCCCGGGGAUAGCUCUCAGUAUCAGCACCGUCUGGGAGCUGGGCUGGAAUCUCACGACGAUGCUUCUUCUCAAACUCAGAUGGAGGAAUCAGAUAGUGAAAAGCCCGCUGAUAUUGAAGAAGAAGUGCAAGAGAUGGUGAGACAGCUCACUCGUCAAUCCACGCAUUUCUCUUCGUCCCAAACGAAGAACCCCUUCUUUGAGGACGACAAGGAAACUACCUGGCAUCCCGACAGUCCGUUCUUCAAACCGAAAGACUGGAUUCGAUCGCUCAUUGCAGCUCAGUCGCAGGAUCCCGAGCGAUUUCUACAACGGUCUGCCGGUGUUGCCCUCAAGAAUCUGCAUGUGCAUGGGUUUGGAAGUCCAACCGACUACCAGAAGGAUGUCUUCAAUGCUGUGUUGAGCAUCGGUGGUCUCAUUCGCAACCUUGUCGGCAGUGGCAAACAGAAAGUCCAGAUCUUGAACAAUUUCCACGGCCUCGUUCGAAGUGGAGAGAUGCUCGUUGUCUUGGGUCGCCCUGGAAGUGGCUGCUCAACAUUUCUGAAGACCAUCGCUGGGGAGAUGAACGGCAUCUUUGUGGAUGACGAGAGCUAUGUAAACUAUCAAGGAAUUUCGGCCCCAACGAUGCACAAGCAGUUCCGUGGAGAAGCUAUCUUCAGUGCCGAAACCGACGUUCACUUUCCCCAACUCACAGUCGGGGAGACUUUGACCUUUGCUGCCCUGGCACGCGCGCCUCGCACUCGAUUCGAAGGCCUCACUCGGAAGCAAUAUGCGGAGCACCUGCGUGACGUGGUCAUGGCCAUGUUAGGACUACGACAUACAUUCAACACGCGAGUGGGCAAUGACUUCGUGCGAGGUGUCAGUGGAGGUGAGCGCAAACGUGUGAGUAUUGCGGAAGCCAUCCUGAGUGGAGCUCCUCUGCAGUGCUGGGACAAUAGUACUCGAGGCUUGGAUAGUUCCAACGCGCUAGAGUUUUGCAAGAAUCUUCGUUUGAUGAGUGAUUAUGCAGGCACUACGGCUUGUGUUGCAAUCUACCAAGCUUCGCAGAGUGCCUACGAUGUGAGUAUAGACGAGAGCCUGGCCUCCAAAGCAGAGUAUCAACUCACACGCUCUUCUCCGCAGGUAUUCGACAAGGUCGUUGUACUCUAUGAGGGUCAGCAAAUCUAUUUCGGUCCCACUGGUGAAGCUCGUGAAUUCUUUACCAACAUGGGCUUCGACUGCCCUUCGCGUCAGACCACGGCGGACUUUCUUACUUCUCUAACUAGUGCAACAGAGCGUCGCGUGAAGCCUGGAUUCGAAGGCAAGGUGCCCCGAACACCUACCGAGUUUGCGCAGCGAUGGCACAGUAGCCCAGAAUGCGCGCAGCUCCUGCAGAACAUUGAUGCCUUUGACAAAGAGCAUCCUAUCGGUGGUCAUUCCUUGACAACUUUUAGUGAGGCACGCCGUUUGAUGCAGUCGAAGCAACAACGCCCCAAAUCCCCCUACACGCUCUCUGUUAUCGAGCAAAUCAACCUCAACCUGAAACGGGGAUUCCAGCGACUCAGGGCUGAUAUGACUUUGACAUACUCGGCUCUCUUUGGUAACUUUUUCAUCUCUCUCAUUCUGGGAAGUGUGUUCUACAACCUUCCCGCGGAUACAUCCAGCUUCUUUUCGCGAGGCGUUCUUCUCUUCUAUGCGGUUCUGCUCGCCGCUUUUGCUAGUGCUCUCGAGUCUCGAUAUGCAUUUUAUCAUCCUUUCACGGAAGCAGUAGCAUCCAUGUUGUGCGAUCUUCCAUAUAAGUUCACCAACUCGUUCACAUUCAAUCUUCCAGUCUAUUUCUUGUCUAACCUCAAACGUGAGCCCGGAGCAUUUUUCAUCUUUUGGCUCUUCUCAAUUGUGACAACAUUGACCAUGUCCAUGGUCUUUCGCACAUUUGGUGCUGCGUCCCGGUCGCUUGCUCAAGCACUGGUUCCUGCAGCCCUUCUUAUCUUGGGUUUGGUCAUUUAUACAGGCUUCGUGAUUCCCACCCGUGAUAUGCUGGGCUGGUCUCGCUGGAUGAACUACAUUGAUCCAAUUGGUUAUUCUUUUGAAAGCAUGAUGGUCAACGAAUUCCGAAACAGGCAGUUCAAAUGUACUUCUUUUGUCCCCUCUGGAGAAGGUUACGAGGAUAUCGAUCCCAUCAACAGAAUUUGCACAACAGUCUCAUCCACUCCAGGAGAUAGCUUCAUUGACGGAGACGCAUAUCUGCGCACCGCAUACGCUUACACCAAUAGCCAUUUGUGGCGCAACCUUGGUAUUGUCUUUGGUUUCAUGAUCUUCUUCAUGUUUGUCUAUCUCCUAGCUACAGAGUACAUCUCCGAGGCUGCCUCCAAGGGCGAGGUGUUGAUUUUCCGCCGAGGAAAUCAGCCUAAGCCCCAGCAGGGGGACGCGGAAACCACGCCAGAUGCAGCCUAUCGGGCGGACGAAGAGACUGAGAAUGCUGGUGCUAAUAUUCAACGUCAAACUGCUAUUUUUCAAUGGCAAGAUCUUUGUUACGAUAUUAAGAUCAAAACUGAAGAACGUCGAAUCCUCGACAAUGUGAAUGGAUGGGUGAAACCCGGCACAGCCACUGCUUUGAUGGGAGUCUCUGGUGCGGGAAAGACUACACUGCUUGAUGUACUUGCAACCCGUGUCACUAUGGGCGUCGUGACUGGCUCUGUGCUAGUCGAUGGACAGGCCCGAGACGAUUCCUUUCAACGGAAAACCGGAUAUGUUCAACAGCAGGAUGUUCACUUGCCUACCUCGACAGUUCGAGAAGCUCUUCAAUUCAGUGCCUUGUUGAGACAACCUGCCAAUCUCAGUCGGAAAGAAAAGCUGGACUACGUUGAAGAAGUAUUGGAAUUACUUGGUAUGCGAUCAUAUGCAGAUGCAAUCGUUGGUGUACCGGGUGAAGGAUUGAACGUUGAGCAGAGAAAGCGCUUGACCAUUGGCGUGGAAUUGGCCGCCCGACCUCAAUUGUUGCUUUUCUUGGACGAACCUACUUCUGGUCUAGACAGUCAAACCUCAUGGUCAAUCCUGGAUCUGAUUGAGACUCUCACAAAGCACGGGCAAGCCAUUCUGUGUACUAUCCAUCAGCCGUCUGCAAUGUUAUUCCAGCGGUUUGAUAGGCUGAUGUUCCUUGCUAAGGGAGGACGUACGGUAUACUUCGGACAAAUCGGUGAAAACUCUUCGGUUUUGGCCGACUAUUUCACUCGAAAUGGCGGUCAUGCGCUAUCUGAGGGAGAAAACCCAGCCGAAUGGAUGCUCGACGUGAUUGGUGCUGCUCCGGGCUCUCACAGUGAUGUUGACUGGCCAGCGGUUUGGAAUUCUAGUCCUGAAAAGGAGACCGUCAUUCAUCACUUGGAAGAGCUGAAGUCCACCCUCUCUCAGAAGCCCAAAGAAGCCGAAGCAGACUCGAAUUACCGUGAAUUUGCGUCCUCAACGAGUGUUCAGCUUCGUGAGUGCCUGACUCGAGUGUUCUCUCAGUAUUGGCGCACUCCGUCGUACAUUUACUCCAAGAUCGUUCUCUCCAUUCUCACAGCCCUUUACAACGGAUUCUCUUUCUUCCACGCCAAAAACACUCAGCAAGGCCUUCAGAACCAGAUGUUUAGUAUCUUCAUGUUGAUGACUAUCUUCGGAAAUCUUGUGCAGCAGAUCAUGCCGAACUUCAUUAUCCAACGGUCUAUCUUCGAAGUCCGCGAGCGCCAUUCCAAAAUGUAUUCAUGGCAGGUGUUCAUGACGUCGAACAUCAUAGUUGAGUUGCCCUGGAACUUCCUUGUGGCCGUGUUGAUGUUCUUCUGUUGGUAUUAUCCUGUUGGCCUGUACCAAAAUGCCGAGAUGACCAACGCUGUACAUGAACGUGGUGCGCUGAUGUUCUUGUAUCUGCUGCUUUUCUUAUGGUUCACGUCUACAUUUUCGCACAUGGUCGUCGCCGGCGUGGAGAAUGCGGAAACAGGUGGUAACAUUGCCAACUUGCUCUUUUCUCUUCUUUUGCUGUUUUGCGGUGUUGUAUCCACCCCUGCAGCCAUGCCCGGCUUUUGGAUCUUCAUGUACCGGGUUUCCCCAUUCACCUACCUGGUAUCUGGUAUGCUCUCCACGGCCGUCAGUGGAUCAACUGUUACCUGCAGUUCGAUUGAAACCUUGAUCUUUGAUCCUCCAGCAAAUCAGACUUGCUCUGACUACUUGAGCGCGUAUGCUACUCGGACUGGAGGGUAUAUUGAGAACCCUGAUGCGAUGACCGCGUGCUCAUAUUGCUCCAUGUCCUCUACCGAUACCUUCUUGGCCCAGGUCUUCUCUUAUUGGAGUGAUGCCUGGCGAAACUUCGGAAUAAUGUGGGCAUAUCUGGUGUUUAACAUCGUCGCUGCUCUUGCUAUCUACUGGCUGGCUCGGGUUCCCAAGGCCAACAAGACCAAGAGCAGCUCUUAA